UGACAGCACACACACAGUCACACAGUCACUCUCACACAGCUUGACACUCUCAUGCGCGCACACAUUCGCACUGACGGGAUAGACAUAGCGGCCAGAGCAAGCACACACACCACACACACACAGUCACGCAGAUUCACACACACACACAUCACAGAUUCACACACACACACAUCACAGAUUCACACACGCGCGGUCAGAGUGCAUCAUUCUCCGCGGUGCCGCUGGAGAGGGUAUCGUGAGCCGCUGCUGCUGCUGCUGAUCAUCAUCAUCAUCGUCGUCGUCGCUGUCGCUGCUACUGCUGCUGCUGCAAGUGGAGGAGGAGGAGGGAUGCGCCGAGGUGGAGCAGAGACGAGCAGCAGCAACAGCAGCAGUAGCGCAUAGAGCAGAAGAGACGCGAGAGGGCUGGACAUGCGCAAGAGGCAAUCCUCCGUUGGAGGGCUCACUGCCGCCACAUCCACCACCACCACCACCGCUACCGCCACCACCACCACCACCACCGCCACAACUACCACCGGCACCAGAGAGGGGUCACCGGACACACGCGCAACCACCCGUGGCAGCAGGACCGUCCAUCGAGGAGCCCCCCAACAAGGAGCCACUAACACCUGCUGCUUCUGCUGGUGCUGCUGCUGCAGCUGCUCAUGCCUUGCCAUCCGGAACCGAGAGGAAGAGGAUGUGGGGCGGCGUACAUCGCGGGACACAAAACUGGAGAGCAUCCCCAGCCCUGGCGAGAGUGCUCCGUCUCCCGAGGAGGUGCGUGCCUGGGGCCGCUCGUUCGACCGGCUCAUGCGCUCGGCGGCUGGACGGCGAGUCUUCCGCGAGUUCCUGCGCUCCGAAUUCAGCGAGGAGAACCUGCUCUUCUGGCUGUCGUGCGAGGAGCUGACACACGAAAGCGAUCCCGCUGCCAUCGAGGAACGCGCCAGGAACAUCUACGAAGACUACAUCUCCAUCCUGUCCCCCAAGGAGGUGAGCCUGGACUCGCGGGUGCGAGAGGUCAUCAACAGAAACAUGCUGGAGCCCACACCGCACACCUUCGACGACGCGCAGCUGCAAAUCUACACGCUCAUGCACCGGGACUCCUACCCGCGCUUUAUCAACUCGGUGCUCUACAAGUCCCUCCUCAACUCCACCAGGGCCUCCUCGACCGCCGGCUCCUCCUUGUCGGAGCCGUAGUAGGCCGGCGACGGCGGGUGAUGGGAGAGCGAUAUUUUGGCCGCGGGACGUGGGGUAGGUGCGCAGACGUGAGCUGCGUUUGUAAAAAGAUGUGUGGGCAGAUGGGCGUGUGGGGAGUCAUAACAAUGCUCCCUCCUCAAUGCUGGAGCCUGUUUGAUUUGGGGUGAAUGACGCGUUCUCAGGAUGAACUUUAGUGUGGGCCAGUCGCGGGGUCCAAAGAUAUAACAAGGGGACACCUAGUUGUUAACAAAGAGGCCUGUGGGACCUCCCCUUCUCGAGAAAAUGUGAGAUCCUUAAAGAGUUCUGUAUGCUCGGCAAAUCUUUAGGCUGAGCAGGGAGAACUUUGCGUAAAAAGAAAUACAAGGGCUUAACCUGAACGGGCCUUGAAGCCGGGCAGGAGGGUGUGUGUGUGUGUGUUUACCUUCACUGUUUUUAACGAUAAGCAGGGAACAUUCCACAGCCCAUCAUCUAACCGACCAUUAGACCACUCUUGAGCACAGUAAAUGCGGCUUGCAUCUUUUUUUUUUGGGCCAAGUUGUACGGUGGCGGGGCGGUGGGUUGCUAUGAUUAAUGAGUGUCUCCUUCUCUUCUCUGACAUCGGAGUAGCUUUAAAGAAAGAAGACUUGCUCGAGGAAUUUCCUCACUUUCAUUUGUUGCUUCAGGAGGUUGAGUUCGAGCGAUCUUUUCCACGGUGCUGAACAGUGAGACGCUUGAUGGGUGGCUCAGUAAGUUGUUUCAUAGCCUUUAUGUGAUGAGCAGUACAAGCCGAACCUAGCUGCUUGCUUGCUGCUCACGGAUGUGCAUGCAACUCCAUGAUGCUCAUAGUGUUUUGAAAGGUAGUGCCGGCUCAGAGGCAGCUUAAGAGAGGUAAUGAUUUAGGGACGCGGAGUAAAAAUGACAUUUACACAAACGCAUAAAAUAUGGGCAUCAUUGCCUUUUUGGCUUUUAGUGGUUUUUAAAAUGGACUUUUUUAGACUUUGUAUCUUCAGUUUGAUGAGUCGGAGAGCAGAUGCAGCCUCUGAGUUUCCCAUAAUCACCUUCUCCAGUUGACGAACAUCUCUACCAACUUGGAAAAUAAAAUAUGCAUGUGCACGCCAGUACAAUGCACACAUAUAUUAUAUUAUUAAACACACUGAGGAUAAAUACAUUGAAGCAAUCUGGAGAGAGAAAUAAUCUCCACAAUACCACAGGGCUUGAAAUGUGCCAAGCACCCUGUAGUUUUCACCAGCCUUGCUAAAAUGCUGAAAGUGUGGCCGUGCUGAAUCUUACGGCAGAAAAACGGCAAUGAAAAUGUGAUAAAAAAAAUAUUAUCUUCACUUGUACAGAUAUUUUAGUUUUCCUGUGAGCUGCGGUGACAGUGCUGAAGGAAGUCAAGGGCGACAUUUCUUCCCUGCCUUUCUCACCAGAAAAGCUGUGUUCUCUCUCUACAGUCUAAACGGUGUCUUCAGCAAUGUUUAGGCUGCAGCACUGCUGCUGUGCAAGUCCAGGUCAGCGAGGCCUUCGUAAUGUGAAGUUGAGUAAUUUUUUGUUUAAUUCCUAUCGAUUUAGGCCUGAGGGCGAGACAUUUCAUGGUGCAUAAGUGACCGGUAAAAGGCAUUUUCGGUGAGCAAAUGCCUUAACAAACCUUUCAAUGAAUCAAUUUAUUUAAUUCCAAGGCCUAGGUGAGGGUUUCACCAUGGGCGAGGUGGACAGCAUGCUUUAUUUAUUGAUUGGUUUUGGCUGAAUGCAUGGGAAAUCUCAGUAGUAAGCCUUUCCAAGUUUAUUUCCAUAAGGGCCAGAUUUGCAUUAUGUAAUCUGGCCAGAGAUUGUGAACGUGAGGGCUGGGGAUGGGGUGAACACUUAAGUAUACUUAAAUUGAACGGUGCCAAUAUGUUGCAUGCAAUUUACUUGAUGUUUACUAACUACGUGAAAAACAAUUCUGCGCCUGAGAAGUCUAACUUUUACGUUGUGUUGCUUCUUUUGCGCGGUAGAGUUGAGCUGACUGAAAGAACACUCUAUUUUAUUUACUGUAACCAUUAAUAAGGUUACGCUAGGCCCGCCAGCCUGUAGACCAACCAACCCCUCUCCUAGAGAAGCCAGUUUCAAAGUGCUAGACAAGAUACACAGUGAGAUGGCGAUUCUCCUGGGGCAGUUCCCGAACGCAAGGAUCUAAGGCUCUGCCGCCUGUGAGAAUCACCACAAUGGACGUCUCUUAUCCCCGUGCCUCCAUUAGCAUAGCACGAUCGGCAUGCCACAACUCACGAUGAAAGUUGAUUAAGCCAAAAAGAUGGGGGGGGGGGGGGGGCAAAAACAACCACGAAUAUUCUAUAAAUUAUCAUCAAAACAAAAAUACACCAAGUUAUAACUGUAAACAAAAAAUGUUGCACAUUUAUUUCAUUUUAAAUUAUGUAAAUAUAUGUACAUACAAUUGCGUGUGAAAGACAACGCAAGUUUGAAAUGUGUGUUGCGUUGGUCUUUUAAUUUAUACACCAGGGGGGUUUUUAAUUGUUAAUGUUUCACGAGCAAUAAAAUAAUAUAUAUAGAAAAAAGAAAAGGAUUUUUGUAAAUACUUUAUGAACAUCAAGUCCAUUUCCUUCUAGGGGUAGCAAAUAAGUAAUUGGGACAGAUUUAAUUGCUAUUAAUUUAUUUUUCAGAUCAGAUAUGCUUUAGUUGCUGAAGCUCAAAGGUUUCACGCACUCGAAAUGUUACUUUAAGGGGGAAGCGAGUGCUGACGCAGCAUCAAUUUGCAAGUUGGCGUGGCCUUUUGUGACUUAUUUUCAGUCUGAGAUUACAUUGAGAUCUCUAACUGGGGCUGCAAAAUAAAAUAUAUAUUUUCCUUCACGUUAAGUGUUAAUUUUCUUCACCUCGUGAAAACUGUGCCAAAACAUUACGUUUGGUGCCAACAUCAAAAUAUUUGUAUAAACUUUACUGCUACUUAAGUUUUUCUGCUUGUGCUGUAUAGCCCCCUGAUGUGUUUUUUGGGUUGUACUGCAUGUUGUUCGACAUGAUGUCGAGAAACGAAGAAACUCCCAGCACAUGGAGCAAUACGUCGAACAUUCAUUCAGUUCCUGUACAAGCUCCCAGCACCUGAAACGAAAUGUCGGACAUCAUGGCGAACACGCUGUUGAACCCGAAAACACACCAGUGCCGUGAAUGUUUCUAAGAACUGAAAAAAAAGAGACGUGGAUUUUAUGACCGUGUAAUAUCCCAUUGUGAACAUUUGGAGGUUUUUUUAUGCCAAGAUGUGGGUUUGACAUAUUUUAUUGCGAACAGCAUCUAUUGAACAAAGUGUGAAGUCUGCCUUCUGCCAUUGUGCAGGGUGUAACGCAAACCCAAAUAUAUGGACGUGGGCUGCACCUAUAUGCUAUGAAGCAACAUAUAGCGUAAUGCCACCAAUGUAUAUUAUUUUACUUACACCACACUCUUCGACGGUACGGUAUUCUACACGGCAAGCAUGCAACAAUUCAUUGCUUAAAAUAUAUUCAAACGGUCACAAUAUAUUAAUUGAAUCAUGCAUCGUACAAUCUAUUAUUUACAAUUAAAGCACGUUUAGGCAGAGCGUAAUUUCUCAAAUAUUUUCUGGGUUACUAAUAGAAGACUGGAUUAGGUGGCAGAUGAGCAAUAUCCACAGCCAUAGCGAGAGGGAUACUGGAUGUGGUGUGCUGGGUGAAGACAUUUCUAUUGGCCACUGACCCAAACAAACCUGGCUGAAAGUAAGCUCCAUCUUCAAGCUAAUAGGUCAAACCAGAUUAGAGAGAAUACAAGACAAAUUAAAGACUAACAAGAACUAGUUAUACUCUUUGGUUCUUUCGGUAAAGUCACGUAGGUAUAAAAUAAAAUAAACCACGACGUUUCGGGCGCAACACACAAGCGUCCAUCAUCAGGUGGGAAAGCAUGGAUUCCUGCAGUCACGAAAGCUUUAAAUCAAGAAGGAACUAGUUAUUGACAAAAAAUGAAAUAUCAAAAUUGGUAAAUCACUACAUAUCGACCGUAUCUACUGUAGUUAAGGUAAAAUAGGACAUUGCCAUAUGCACGAAUAACUCCCUGUUCAAUGUCCAUUUAGUAGUAGUGAAAAAAAAUCUACAUUCCUAUGGCAAGGAUCAGCCUCCCCAUGGGACGUAUUCGUAAGAAUGUAUUGCCAUGCAUACCAAGACUAAUAACACUAUUAACACAAUUUUUGUUCCAGGGUAGUAAGUGUUAUUUCGUAAUUGCUUAUGCCUAAAAAGUAUAGAUAAUGGAUAUUAUUCCCCACAAACUUUGCUUUUGUGACUAGGACAGUGAUAUUUAGAAAUGUACUUAUUUUCAAUGAGAAAACGGGCGAAUUUGUGUAAUUCCGUUCACAUAAAGUCAGAAAAAAACAACAUAUGAAUAAAAAUGAACAUGUAUUUAUACUAAAGUAAUACAAAAAUGUCUACAAAAGAUUUAGAAGCGAGUAGUUUUUCGAAAUUGUUCCUCCCCACAGAGAACUCGGUCCGCUGUGGCCAGUCCCGCCUGUGGUAGUGCACCUUGGUGUCUAAAUCUUCAGUUGGGUCUGAUUGUGUGCUAAGUCGGGGGGUGUUAUGGAACUCAACUAUUUAUAAAACAGCAUUACAUUUGACUCAUGCUUAUGGUUUUUACGGUUGCGAUGUGUAGCUCUCAAAUGGGUUGUGCCAUGCAUUAUUUGAACAUCAUGCUGAACAAGACGCGGUACAUUAAAACCCCAUCGGCGAGUAUUACAUUUAAUGUAAAAGUGUAAAGUACAUUGUGUACUUUAACUGUAAAGUUUUAUUUUUAUUACACUGUAAACAUAAUUACAUACUGUAUGAGUCGCGUGCAUUCUAUCGAAUAUGGCAACGUUAGCAGUUUUGUUAACAUAGUGUUUACCACUAAUCGUGUGUUCAAUUGAAGUGGUCGUCAGCAUGAAUUUGUUCUGAGGUCAGUCAUUCAGUCUGUGAGACCAAGGUCAGAGUCUGUUAGACUAACAUCACAAGUCAUUCAGAGUCUGGUCGAGGAGAUCUCAAUCAAUCUUCAUUUGUUUUGCUUGUGUAUAGAAACACCGAAAGCAAAAAAAAAACAUAAAAAGAAACAUAUACAAUAUAUGAUGAACUUUGUAACAUUUAUUUUGAAAUGUAUUCGCUUUUCCACAAAGCAAACAGUUCAGUUAAGAGAGGUUUAUGAAGUUGCAGUCUGCCCUUCAGGUCGGUUUCAACUUUUAAGUUCGAUAGCAAGUACGUGUGAACGUCUUUUGACGCGGGGAAAAGCCGAGGCUAUAGUUGAGGCGGAUUUUCGAGAUCGGCGAUAUCCUGCAAAAUAUGUUUUCGAUUUAUUGAAUCGCAAUAGAAAAACGAUGAUGAAAAAAAAACGUCUUUGUUUUCGUUCCAAGAGACCUUGACCUUUAACAAGGGUGAAGGGAACAUCUCAAUUUAGAGCCCACAUAGUCUGUUAUGGGCACAUUUUCUUUAUUUCUUCACGUUGACUCUGCUGGUCUAUAGUACAGGUUGAUUCAUUUAUCGAUGCCCCCCCACUGAUUGCCAAUGACCCUGGUCUUGUGAAGAAUGUGGCUGGUUGAGACGUUUGUAUGUUGGACUGGCCGAGAUUGAACAAUUGCAUGACGCCGGUGUGUCAACUGGUAUAACCACACUAAGAUUUUUUUUCUUGUCGGGUCACAACGAAAACUGCGUGUAUGUGGAUUGUUUAUUAAGUGUGUAGAGAUUGGUGGGAGGCUUGUCGAGGCUUUGAAAUAAAUGUAUCCCUAUGACUUUGGUGGGGUAUCGUGAGGAUCACGAGGUGGUGGCGGAAACUAGGGGAGGCCUUCAUCAAGAAGUGGAUUGAUUAAGGCUGACGAUGAUCGAGAAAUAGAUCACCCUUUAUAUCUCGUUUGCAAGAUGGUCAUAUGCUGUUGAAUAGAUUGGCCACGAAAAACCACCGCAAUGAUUUUGUACAUUUGUUUUAUCUAAUACCUGAAGCACUAGAUCGGCAAAGUCAACAGUGAUGCCAAAUGUGCUGUGCGGGGCAAAGAGAGAUCAAUGCAUGUGUCUAUCCUUGUCUUUGACCCAAGACCGUACAACACUGUAACGAGCGGUGCAUUGUGGGUCCAGGUUAUUCAUCUAGCCAAUCGGCAACAAGCAAAAUGCUCUCUGCAAUCAUUCUUUGGCUGGUGCUUGAAUCAUUGAGAUAGGUGUCAGUUACUUUACAUACGUUUUCACUUAAGUUACUCAGUGAGCUACGAACUACAUUUUUUUGGAAAGAUAUUUUCCAUGCUGUAAUAUCUGCGUUUUUUUUUAAAUACAGCUGUACAAAAAAAUGUACUCUACUUGGAUAUAUCUCCAGUAUGUACAUGCACAGUCUCUACAAUGAGCGCCUAGCGGUCUCAUUUUUUGAGAACGAGAUACCGAACACAUUUUAUACAAACUUACUCGAACGUUAAGCUCAUUUAAAAUGCCCUACCUUUGUGUAAUAAUCAAAUAUCUAUAUAGUAUUGACGUUAAGGGUGCCCAUAAUGAAUAAUAAAGUAAUAAGCUUGAGUCCAUCCGUGUUUAUAUCUCGUUCUCUAAACUUUUGUGUGAUCGACUAGAGCUCAGUCGUAGUCGAAAGUGCAUCUAUUAGUGUUGAUUGUGUUUAAUGUGUGCUGUCUUAGAAUGUGUCGGAUUCCAAUUCAGUGGAAUUGGCUGAUGCUCUAUGAGCCCGAGGCCCCCUACUGAGAUGAAAGUUCUGUCGGAAAUGUGUCGCUGAAGAUGUUGUUCCGAGGAACUUUUUCCGAACCAUACUUUACUAUAAUCGGAUAAUGUUCUGAAGUUAAAUUCAACAGCCUAUUAAUGGCAGCUCAAAUAUGAGGUUAUGUACAAUGGAAUUUGCAACAUGGACUAUACGACUAACAUGUGAUAGACAUGUCGCCUGAUAUAUAUAUAUAUAUACACACACACAUAUGAAAAGUUGUACAAUUUAGGUCACUUUAUAGUUAAUGAAAAAUGGGACCUAAAGCACACGUGGCUGUGUCGAGGGGGGGAGGGGCAAUUAUCCUGACACUCAGUAACUUAACAUGCAUAAUAUUGUUGAUUCCCACUACAGCCAUCCAGGUAACUUAACAACAAACAGCAUUGUUAUGCAUGGUAUACCGUAAUCGCAAGUCCCCCAUAACAAUGAGCUAAUUGGAAAGGUUGAAAAACGUCCAUCUUUAAGGUCAGAUCGUGUGUCUGCUGCACAGCAGCUGUGGGAUCUGGUAAGAGGGUAGAAAGCGUUGACGAGAGGUGUGGUGGUAUCAAUGGCUUUGGCCAAGAUGACAUCUUGAUCUGGAGGAAUAUAAUCCCAAUGUCAAAGUGCUGAGCCGACGUUCUUGAGAUAAUGGGUCUGAAUGAUUGUAAGCCAGCUAAGAUAAAACCAGGUUCUCUGCACAAAAUGGCAUGACAUUUGGUUUCCCAAAUUUGGCUCAACAUUAAAUGUACCGAACUGGAUGGCUGACUUUGGAAAAUCAAAUUCAACUUAAUACAAAGAUUUUAAAAAAAUGAUGUGCAACAACAAAAUUAAAUGCUGAGUGUUUGGUGUGUGCACGAUGCUGCUGAAUCCAAUGCUAAUUUAUAUUAGCGUGGCACGAAAACACACACAGCGGGCCACCACCCCUGGGAAUUGGUGCUAUUUCCACCAAUUUCCCAACAAGAAAUCCCAUUGCACCUGGAUUUUUUCAGUCCACCGAUCCUGACGUGUGACUGAUGAUCGUAAUUGUUCCUGAUCAGGAAGACAAUGUAACAUAAAAGUAUUAUUUCCCAGUGAGUAUUUUCUAUCGUUCCAUUUCGCCAAUGUUUAAAAAAAAACUGUGUUGAUGCAGACUUUAUAAGGGCUAAGUGUGCAUAUAACUGCAUGUCAUAUUAAUACAUGAAUGCUUGUGUCAUAUAAAACACAUGCACACAAUCACACAGCGCACAUUUCACUCGGUGCUGAAUGCGUAGUCACAUUUUUACCGCCACAUCCAGUACUGAAAAUGCUGCAUCCCAUCACUGCACCCUUGGUGCUCAUUUUAGGUCAGGCUGGGGAGACCCAGACCUUGUUCACAUAACGACUGCGACUGGUGAUGUGCAGGAUGAGGAAUUCAAUCCGGGUGGGUGGGACCAUAGUGCAACAUUGAAUCACUACACCACCACUUGCUACACAUGCACACACACAGAAAUAUUUUACAAAGCUCUUUCUCCAGCACCAGAAACAGCAGGUGGGUCUCGAGAGAGGCUUUUCAUUUUCUCGAUUCAUGCGUAACCUUGCUCUAGAACUUCCUGUCAAAAGGCUGCUUUGUGCUGGUUCAUCACUUUUUAACAAAGAAACAUAUUUACUCAUUUUCUACACAAAGAACAACAACGGAUAACUGUAGAUGGAUCCGACUCGAUUUCUCAACUGUAUGAGUGUGAAGCACUGCUUUUAUUUCGGGGUUUUUUCCCCCCCUCUUAAUAUGUAAAGCGUACUGUUAUGGCUCGAUCAAGUUGGCAACAUUUGUUCUAUUUCACUGCGAAUUAAACAGCGCUAUUUGAUUUCA